AUGACAACGAAUCUGAAAAGGCUCAUAUUCACCUUCCUACCAUGCAUCACCCUUUUGCUGAAACUCACAAUAGCCGCUGCCGAACCACCUGAGGGCUUUCCAGAGCCCUUGAAUUCAGCAGAAUUCAAAGAAGAGCUAUCCAAGGGGCUGCAUAUUAUUGACUUCUAUAGCCCAUACUGUCCGCACUGCAAACACCUAGCACCUGUUUGGAUGGAAACAUGGGAGGAGUUUAAAGAAGAAGGCAAGAAACUAAACAUAACCUUUUCACAAGUUAACUGUGUCGAGAGCGCCGAUUUGUGUGCGGAUGAAAAUAUUGGAUUCUUCCCUGACAUUAGACUUUAUAACCCCUCAGGAUACGUCAAAUCGUUCACUGAAACACCAAGGACCAAAGAAUCAUUAAUUGCGUUUGCGCGUAGGGAGUCUGUGGACCCAAACAACCUCGAUGUUGAUUUGGAUUCUGCUAUAAGUCAGAGCCAAUAUCUCGAAGGCUUUGAUUUUCUCGAGCUGAUUGCUGGUAAGGCAACUAGACCAUAUUUGGUUUCCUUCUGGCCGACCAAAGACAUGAAAGAUACCGACGAUUCACUAGAGUUCAGUGUUUGUGACAAAUGCCAUGAAUUCCAAAGAACUUGGAAGAUCAUUUCAAGACAGUUAGCUGUGGAGGAUAUCAAGACGGGCCACGUAAAUUGCGAAUCCAAUCCAACAAUUUGUGAAGAACUGGGCUUUGGCGAUUUAGUGAAAAUUACCAACCAUAGGGGCGAUAGGGAACCCAAAGUAGCGUUAGUUCUACCCAACAAAACCUCAAAUAAUUUGUUCGACUAUCCCAACGGCUACUCAGCGAAGUCAGACGGCUAUGUAGAUUUUGCUAAGAGGACUUUUGCAAACAGUAAAUUUCCCAAUAUAACAGAAGAGGAGCUUCAGAAAAAAAUUUCCAGAAAUGUUGAUUUUUUACAAGAAAGGGGACCUGUAACCAACAAUGAUAUCCGUUUAGUCUUUUCAUAUGAUCCUGAAACUGUUGUUACUGAAGAUUUCGACAUUUUGGAAUACCUAAUUGAGCCUCUUUCAAAGAUUCCAAACCUCUAUUUGUAUCAAAUCGACAAGAAUCUAAUAGAUUUAUCCCGUAAUCAUUAUAGAGGCAUGUAUCAAAAGAUCAACUACAACACCGACGAAGCUCAAAAGAAUCUUAAUGAACAAUACUUUACCAUGAAUACGGUUACGCAACUCCCAACCUUUUUCAUGUUUAAAGAUGGUGAUUUCAUAUCCUAUGUUUACCCCGGAUACUCCACAACAGAGAUGAGAAAUAUUGAUACAAUUAUGAAUUGGGUAGAAAAGUAUUCUAAUCCCUUAGUUGCAGAAGUUAACUCUUCCAACUUAAAAAAGUUAAUGUCCUUCCAAACCAAGAGUUACAGUAAUUUAGCAAUUCAGUUAGUUAAUGGCGGUGAUAACAAACAUAUCAAAGGAAGCAAUAAGCUUAUCCAUAACUUACUCCUCGCAAGUUGGGAUUAUGAACAUAUUCGGAUGGAAAAUAACUUCGAAGAAAUUAAUGAGAGAAGAGCCAGUAAAGCAAACGGGAUCAAAAAAUUAAAGGACAAUAAGGCCCCAGCUAACAAAAUUGUUGACAAAAUGCGUGAAGGAGUUCCCCAUAAGGAUCAAAAAAAAUUGUUACUGGGGUAUUUAGAUAUUUCAAAGGAAAAAAAUUUUUUUAGAAAAUUCGGUAUUACUGGGGAACAUAAAGUUGGUGACGUGAUUAUCAUUGAUAAAUCGAAUAAUUACUACUAUACUACAGAUAAUUUUGGCGACACAUUGACAUCUAACAAUCCUCAAUCGUUGAGAGAGGCAUUCGUAUCCUUAAACAUUCCAUCAAAAGCUCUGUACAACUCUAAGUUAAAGGGGAGGUUGAUGAAUUCCCCAUUCCACAGUGUUUUUAGUUUCCUAGACAUAAUCCACCAGAAUGGCAUGUCUGGCUACUUAAUCAUUAUUUUUUUGAUUAUCACAAUACUUAAAGGCCCAUCUGUUUACAGAAGGUACAAAAUAAGGAAACACUAUAGGGCGAAGAGGAACGCUGCCGGUAUCCUAGGAAAUAUGGAGAAGAAAAAAAAUCAAGAUUAA